AUGCCCUUCAUCGGCAGGUUUAUUGCACCAUCGCCCAAAGAUAGCAACGGCUUCGGUAAGAUGAUGGCCGCAUGCUUCCGCCUUGUCGAAGAGCGCGCUACGGGCUCGACCAACGAAAAAUCCAAUAUGUUAGCCUCCUUCAUGCGCCACGGUCUAGCAGGUGACGAGCUGCGCACUGAAGCCUUAGAGCAAAUAAUUGCGGGCUCUGACACCACUGCUGGCGCGCCAUCCCACAAAAUUGACGAUGCCACGCGCCGUGGCCUUGCUCCGAGCAAGGGCGAAGGCAUUAUUACUGCCGCCCAGGCUGGAAAUCUUCCGUACCUCCAGGCAGUGAUUCGCGAAGCUCUGCGAGUCUGCCCGCCUGUUACGAACAUCUUCCCGCGUGAUAUCCCGCCAGGUGGCGACGCUCUUACCGUCGACGGGGAGAGCGUAUUCUUACCAGGCGGCGCCUGCAUCGGGUAUUCCGCAUGCGCUAUGCACCAAAGCGAGAAGAUCUAUGGCAAGGAUGCAAAGGCUUUUCGACCAGAGCGGUGGCUCGAGUCGGACCCUGCCAAGCUGGCUGUCAUGGUUCGGACCAACGAACUCAUUUUCGGCCACGGCAGAUUCCAGUGUUUAGGGAAGGCAGUGGCACAAAUCGAAUCGGAAAGACGGUAUUCGAGAUGA